GCAUAUCGAAAUUGCAUUUGUAUUCUGCCUACUUCCCGUAGGUGAUCCAAUCUUAAAUCGCUACAUUUUGUAGCAGUUGGUGACUAAUAUCUCGCCAUCGUUGUCAAGAAUGAAGUACCUCUUCGCACCUGGGCAGCUGGAGCACCAAGAACCUCACUCGGCCUUCACUUACAUUGCUGCGCCCCUUUAAAGCCUUUUCAAGCAUAAUCUUCUAUCCAUGGAUGGAUCUACCAAUCUCACUGCUUGUGCGUUGUAUCAUGUGGCUUUGAAGCAGUAGUGAAUUCUCGGUUCGACGUACCAUCGUUUGAUAUCUCGACAGUUAGAAUCAAAUCUUUACAAACAACAAACAACAAACAAACAUACAAACAUACAAACAGACAAUCUUCACGCCAUCAUGGAUGUUUUCCAGGCCAAGCCAAUCUUUACGGCUGUCUCAGUCGCAGGAGUAACUUUGCUGGGCUAUUUCUUCACACGACUCUAUGCAGCGCGGAUGCUCAUGGUAAAGCUUCAGAAGCAAGGCUGCCCUGUAGCACCUGGACAUUCCUUCCUCUUUGGCCACCUUCUCCUACUUGGGAAAAUGUCCAGGCGCCUUCCAAAAGAUGCUCACUACCAAUAUAUGUUCGGCGAGAUCUACCGCGACCAUUUUGAGUCUACAGGCGUAUAUUAUAUGGAUCUCUGGCCCAUGACUGGACUCUUCAUGUGCAUCCACUCUCCCACGACUGCCAUCUCUGUAACGCAGACCAAUACUCUAAUCGCCGCGCGCAAAGUUGACCUUUUGCCACGCUUUUUCAAGCCAAUCGCGGGAGGCCCCUGUCUCUUCGAUAUGCCCGAAGAAGCAUGGAGACCGUGGCGCGCUGUAUUCAAUAAGGCGUUUAAUAAUGAACAUUUCCAGAAGCUGGUCCCGGGGAUGGUCAAGCAAAUCGAAGUUUAUAAGGAUAUUUUAAGAGAGCACGCCGAAAAGGGCGAUAUGUUCUAUCUGGAUACCACGACUCUGCGCUUCACUAUGGAUCUAAUUGGAAAGACAAUCAUGAACACCGAAUUUCAUGCUCAACGCGGGUACAAUGUUCUUGCAGACUCUAUGAUUAGCCAAAUUCGCUGGCAUGAGCCUGCCGCAGCUAUCGACCCCUUCAGCCGCAUAAAUGUAGCACGAUGGUAUAUGGAAUGGUCUAACGGAAGAAAGAUGGAUGCAUAUAUUAGUGCAGAGCUAGAUCGAAGAUAUGCGGAAUACAAAGCCGACUCCAAGGAUUCACGCAGCAAAGCUAUUAUUGAUCUCAUUUUGCAAGCAGAAAUCGCCCCCGACGCCGAUGUCAAGCCUGACAAACUAGACCCUGAUUUCAAGGCAUUCGCGAUUAGGCAAAUCCGCUUGUUUGUUUUCUCGGGUCAUGACUCACUCAGUAGUACAAUCUGCUAUAUCUACCAUUUACUCUCGAAAAAUGUCGAGCCGAUGCGGAAAGUCAGAGAAGAACAUGAUCUUGUUUUUGGAAAACAGAUUGAUGGAGCAAGCGAGCUUUUGAAAACCAAACCACAUCUCGCAAAUGAUUUGCCUUACACAACAGCUGUCAUCAAGGAAACGCUUCGACUUUUUCCUGCCGCGUCAAGUUCCAGACAAGGAUAUCCAGGUGUGACUCUUUAUGAUGAUCAGGGCACUGCAUGUCCUACCAAUGGUGCAGUCUGCUUCAUUGAUCAUGUAGGGAUGCACCGCGCGCCGAAGUACUGGGUUAGACCUGAAGAAUUUCUUCCAGAACGAUGGCUGGUAGACCCAGGCCAUGAGCUAUACCCUGUGAAAGGUGCAUGGAGACCGUUCGAAUAUGGCCCAAGAAACUGUAUUGCCCAGGGACUAGUCAUGACGGAGUUGAGGGUUUUGUUGGCCUGCACUGUACGAGAAUUUGUGUUUGAGGAUGCAUAUGAAGAAUGGGAUAGGUCUCAUAAGAAGAAAGGCCCACAAACUCAUAGAGGAGAGAGAGCAUAUCAGAUUGAAGAAGCUGCGGCACACCCGAGUGCCCAUUAUCCUUGCCGAGUGAGGAUGAUGAAUGUUUGACAUUAGAAUUGGGUUGAAUAAGGGGUGACGUGAGGUAAUAAUGGGAUUCGGUAAUGACGACGGUUAGCAAUAAAGUAGAUAAGUGAGUUAAUUGCAAAGUGAUUCAUAACAACAAUGUUCAUAUGACUAGCAAUCUCAACGAGAUGCUUGAUAUCCUCAUGAUACCGGCCAUGAUCAAAACCUAUAGCUUUCUAUGGGUGCUUGGAUAACUUUCAAGACGCAACACGACCAAAUUCAUGGUAAAUUCCAGCUCUUCAAAUAUGCAGGAUAAAUACAUGCUGUGCAGGCGCUACCUUCCAACAGAAUCGUAAUGUGUAA